CCCCCCACUCAGUUUGGCGAGCCCCCACAUCUCUGCCAUGGUGACAUAAGCAGCACACAUCAUGUGGGAGCGUCAACGUCGGGGAAACCAUCUCAUUUCUGUCUCCAGUAGCUGUAGCCAAUGCUUCUCUAGCCUGUGGAUUACUAACUGGAAGUCUGCCAGUAUCACGGCUGAAUUUGGACUGAUUUCUUUCUUUCGCUCAGCUUACCCUACCGAGUGACCCUGCGGAGAGUGUUUUCUGUGGCGUUCCGGUCACUGGGUCAUUGGGUCGGUCCGACGGUCGGUUGCUGGAGUGUGUGUGUGUGUGUGUGUGUGAGUGUGACGAUGCUGGGAUGCGUGUCCCGCCUGCGUCGGCUGGUCCGUCUCGUCCGCCACCUCCCCCUCCAGGCGUCUCUGCUCCUGCUCUUCCUCUUCUGCACCGUCAGCGUCUUUGUGUCCGCCUACUUCCUGUAUGGCGCAAAACGGGAGCUUGAGCCCUCGGGAGUGGGUUCGGCCGUCGGCGAAGAGGCAUCGGCCAUUUACGACGACCUGCGGGUCAGCCCGUCGCGGCUGCUCCCGUUGAGGCCGUAUCAGGGGGCCCUGGAGGUGUGGGGGGGGGGGGGUGGGGUGAGGACUGACCCCGUGGUGCUGGUGUUUGUGGAGAGCCAAUACUCUCAGCUGGGUCAGGAGAUUGUUGCCAUCCUGGAAUCCGGACGUUUCCGGUACCGGACGGAGAUAUCUCCCGGUAAAGGUGACAUGCCAACGUUAACGGAUAAGGAGCGUGGGCGAUUCACGCUGGUUAUCUACGAGAAUGUCCUGAAAUAUGUCAACCUGGACGCCUGGAACAGAGAGCUGCUGGACAAAUACUGUGUGGAGUAUGGAGUGGGAAUCAUUGGCUUCUUCAAGGCCAAUGAAAACAGCCUCCUGAGUGCGCAGCUGAAAGGCUUCCCCCUGUUCCUCCACUCCAACCUGGGCCUGAAAGAUUGCGUGGUCAACCCCAAGUCCCCCCUCCUCCUCAUCACGCGGUCCGGUCAGCCACUCCCAGGCUCGCUGCCCGGCGACGACUGGACCGUGUUCCAGUCCAACCACUCCACCUACGAGCCCGUCCUCCUUGCCAAGACCCAGUCCGCCGAGAGUGUCCCCUCGCUGGGUACGGCAGCCGCGCUGCUCCCAUCCGUGGUUCAGGACCUGGGGCUCCACGACGGCAUCCAGAGGGUCCUGUUUGGGAAUAAUCUCAGUUUCUGGCUGCACAAGCUGGUGUUUGUGGACGCGGUGGGCUUCCUCACGGGAAAGAGGCUGUCCCUCUCGAUGGAGCGCCACCUACUGGUCGAUAUAGAUGACAUCUUUGUGGGAAAGGAGGGCACCAGGAUGAAAGUAGAGGAUGUCAAGGCCCUGCUAGAGACCCAGAGAGACUUGCGUAAACAUGUUCCAGACUUCACCUUCAACCUGGGCUUCUCCGGGAAGUUCUUCCACGCAGGAUCAGACGAGGAGGACUUGGGUGAUGACUUGCUCCUCUCCUAUGUCAAGGAGUUCUGGUGGUUCCCUCACAUGUGGAGCCACAUGCAACCCCACCUCUUCCACAACCAAUCAGUGCUGGCCGAGCAGAUGCUACUCAACAAGAGGUUUGCUGUGGAGCAUGGUAUUCCCACUGACAUGGGCUAUGCGGUCGCCCCCCACCACUCCGGGGUGUACCCGGUCCACCUGCAGCUGUACGACGCCUGGAAGAAGGUGUGGGGAAUCAGGGUGACGAGCACGGAGGAGUACCCCCACCUCAAACCGGCCCGCUUCAGACGAGGAUUCAUACAUAGUGGCAUCAGCGUGUUGCCCAGGCAGACAUGUGGGCUGUUUACACACACCAUCUUCUAUAAGGAAUACCCAGGCAGUCCCAUUGAACUGGACAAGCUCAUUAACGGGGGAGAGCUGUUCCUCACUGUCCUACUGAACCCUAUCAGUAUCUUCAUGACCCACCUGUCUAACUACGGUAACGACCGCCUGGGUCUGUACACCUUUAAAACCCUGGUGGCCUUCCUCCAGACCUGGACCAAUCUGAGGCUUCAGACCCUGCCUCCUAUCCAGCUGGCCCAAAAAUACUUCAGCCUCUUCCCGAACGAGAGAGACCCGCUCUGGCAGGAUCCCUGCGAGGACAAAAGGCACAAGGACAUCUGGUCAAAGGAGAAAACAUGUGACCGUUUCCCCAAGCUGCUUGUCGUCGGGCCUCAGAAGACAGGUUCUACAGCCCUCUAUCUGUUCCUCAGUAUGCAUCCUGACCUGACUAGUAACUACCCCAGCAAGGAAACCUUUGAGGAGAUCCAGUUCUUCAAUGGCCACAACUACCACAGAGGCAUUGACUGGUACAUGGAGUACUUCCCCCUGCCCUCCAACACCAGCUCAGAAUACUACUUUGAGAAGAGUGCCAACUACUUUGACUCUGAGGUGGCAGCUGAACGUGUGGCUGCCCUCCUGCCCAAGGCCAAGAUCAUCACCAUCCUCAUCAACCCUGCUGACCGCGCCUACUCCUGGUACCAGCACCAGCGCGCCCAUGAAGACCCAGUGGCUCUGAAGUAUUCCUUCUAUGACGUAAUCACGGCUACCCAUGAUGCCCCAGUGAAACUGCGCAUGCUCCAGAACCGCUGCCUGGUGCCGGGCUGGUACGCCAUCCACAUUGAGCGCUGGCUCAACCACUACCACUCCAGCCAGAUCCUGAUUCUGGAUGGACAGCAGCUAAAAACGGAGCCGGCCUCAGUCAUGGACAAGAUCCAGAAGUUUAUGGGCCUGGUCAACACAGUCAACUACCACAAGAUUCUAGCGUUUGACCCCAGGAAAGGCUUCUGGUGCCAGUUGCUGGAGGGGGGGAAGACCAAGUGUUUGGGGAAGAGCAAAGGGCGAAGAUACCCUGAUAUGGAGACCGAGUCCCAGUCGUUCCUCAGGCAACAUUACAGGGAUCACAAUAUAGAGCUGUCUAAGCUACUGUACAGGAUAGGCCAGCCCCUUCCCAGCUGGCUCAGAGAGGAACUGGUCCGUACCAGCUAGCAGAACCAGCAGAGGAUAUCAUCUCAGCGGACUGUAACACAGCUAACCCCACAGAGAACACCACACGGAGGAGCAUGAUCUUACCCAUAGGAGGGGUAAAAACUCUCCCUUGACGGGGUUCAGAAGGGUGGGUGAUCUGAUCACCUGCCAGAAUGGAGAUUAGGAGAACGCGACGGCCUCUCCUCUCUAUGGGCUCCUCAAGAGAGAAAUGGGUGUGGUGGAGGAGGAAAGGAGAGUAAGGAAUGUGACUUAGGAGUGGGCUUUGACUUUGCAAUCGCUUGUAGCCUAGGCCCUAAGUUCCUUCCCAUGAAACACCAUCACCCUCACUAGGAACGCUUUAGGAAAACGCCCCCCCCCCCCCAGCCCGGACUGCACCAACUCUUAGGGGGUGGAGGGGGGGGCAAAGGUGCAGCUACGGGAAGAACGGAAUUGGGACACGGUUGUGUUCAACCCUCAUCCCGUCUCUGUUCGGUCGUCCCAUGCCUUCCUCACAUGGAAUUGAACCAUACUCUCGGGGAAGAAGAGGACUGCACAGAUCCAGUUGUUAAAGGCUGGGAGGUAAUGAACAGUGGUGGUGGCUUUCAUCAGCCUAGUUUAUCCCCAACCACUGACACAGUCAAACAUCUGCCCUCUGAUGAAUUCAUGAACUAGAUGACAUACAGCAGAGAUUAGUACUUGAACGGUGGCAUUAGUUAAUACCUGUGGUUGUCAAAUUACCAUGGGGGGUGUGUGUGUGUGUGUGUUGACACACGCUACAGGUUGUAUGUAGUCCUAUUCACUAGGCCUUUGUAGAAACUAGACAUUAACGCAUUUACCAGUGCCAGGACAGAAUCUUCACCACUACAUGACAUGGCCUAUUUAUGGUUCUUAUUUUUUUUUGUAAGAUUACUUUAUGUUACUAUUUGUGAUUGGGAGUUCACAGCACAGGGAUUGCCAGGCCAGGCGGGCUGCACAUGUUUGAAAGCACAAUAUGCAAAGCGGUGCUGUUCCAAACGUGCGCUACUUGUGACCGGCGCUGCACUGAUCCGGGUCGAAAGUAACGUAUUGCGCGGGGAAACGGCUGCUGUUUGGGACUCUGCAAAAUACACACAGGUGGGCUGAAAGCACAGUCAUAUCACAGGUACCACACCAUGUGAAGUCGGACAUAAGCUAUGUUAAUGUAGCCUGGGUACCAGUCUGCUCCUGCUAACAUUCCACUCCUUGGCGUGACAGAGUGCGGUAAGUGGAAUAUUAGCACAAAACGAGUUCUGGAUUUAAGGCCAACGCUAAUGCACUCAUUGUCAAAUAGUCUCCUGUAAUGUGAGAUAGAGAAUGAGAAAACACACUUGUAUUACUGAUGAUGUGUUUCAAAGCUGUGUAUAUUUGAGUCCUUUUUUAUUUGUUUUAGCAGUUAUUCUUUGCAUUUCUGAGUUGCAUCAGGGAGACUAAAAGAUGCACAUUGAACACACUCAUUGGAUGAGCCUAAAUAGAGUUCCUCAGAUUUGGGUCACUUGGUAUUACUGUUGCAAGCAUAGAUAACAAAAAGCUGCUCUUACUGUCUGUAAUAGUUUAGUACAAUUUCAGGCAAAAUAAAAAUGCACAUGCUGUUUUUCCCUU